CGUAACCCUCCCCAGCUAAAUCAUCCAGUAAGUCUGCAGGCUCCGUGAGUAAAGCGCUUUCUUUGCGGAGGAGACGUUGAAAACAAUAGCAGCUAAUUGAAUCUAUGCUCUGAUUUUGCAGUUUUCUUGUUGGUUCUGCUGAUAUUUUUGGGUUUUUUUAGGGGGGGGGGAAUCAAUCGGUCAAUGAAAGCUUGUGCUCCCUGUUCAACGUUGGUCAGUCAUCAAGACGGGUAAGACAAUAGCAGGUGACCUAUGGAGGAGCGAACAGACAGUCCGAUACCUGUGAAGGUGGAGGAGAACCCUGACAGCGUCGUCCUGAUGUACUUCAAGGGAGACAUUAACAGCAUGGUGGACGAACACUUCUCAAGAGCUCUGGGCAAAGCCAACAAGGCCUACGAGUCGGGGCUAAGGUCAAAGAAAAUCCGCAAAACUUUAAAACUAGAGAGCACAGACAACUGCCAGAGGAGCGUGGCCGGCCCUUACUUUGAGUCCCAGGUGCCCCCGUUAACGGGACACAUCCUGGCCCUCAGCUCGGCGGAGGAGACGCCAGGAUCCUGGAACACGACGUUCAGGUCAAGAGAAGGUCCGGCGGUGUCCACCAUCAUGUGCUCCCUGUCCUCAGACGGGCUGAGUCUUACUGGACAGCAGUACUCCACAUCCCUGCUCAACCUGCUGCACGGCGACCGCAGCGAGAUGGGAGCCAGCAUCGCCUCCAGCUCCAGGCCGGACCCUCUUCCAGGCUGGGCGGUGCCUGCCGGGUACCGGGAGUCUGUGGACCCUCCAAUAGGCUUCGAACCUGGGCGACAUGGGGAUAAAAAGGACUUGUACUGGUACUGAGGUGAAACAUGGAGAGCAGAAGGAACAGAGGACACCUUUAGCCACCGCAGCGUCUUUCUGUUCGUUUCAGCAGAGCAGCAUUUUGAUUUCCUGACGAUGUUCUCUCUCUAUUGUUUGCUGAGAUGACCUCAGCGCCUGAGCGCGUACUGGGACAGCCUCUACUGAAGGAAGCUCUCGGUGGCAAACCAGUUCCUCAACCUUUGGCAUUCCUUUUUUAAGUAUCAGAGUUGUGUGUCUGUUUUCACACGUUUUGACGUGAAGCUGGAUGAAGUGCACUUUCUUUGUGGGUUUUACUUCAGUCAACAGGCCAGUGUUAAGUCUGAAAACUGAGCCUCUUAGAUGUGUAAAAAUUAAUGUAGCUACAACCUGAUCUACCUUUAGUUCACCCGGUUGGGUUUGUUGGAAGAUACUCAGACAGGAAGGGGAAGCUUUGCUUGGUCUAACAAUCUAGGAAAAAUAACACAUUGUACUUUUAGGUUUUGUAAAAGGAAUAGUUGAAAAUAAUCAGAGGCAGCCACCAUUGCUUACAAAUAAAUAAUAAAAGAUUGAUGCCUUUUAGUUAAACAGUGUGUUUCUGACCCCUGUUGGUGAAUUUGAGCCCACAGUCUUUAUGAAGAAAUGUACAUGAUACCUAAUCAUCAGUAUCUAGACGCUCUGAAGCGUUGGAUACUAGGUGACUAGGUUUCUUUGCAGGAUUUUCUUUUAAAUGUACAUUUUAACUUCUCUUUAUUUGGAUGAAAAGAUAAUAACUGAACUUUGUCUGCUCCUAAAUCCUGUUGGAUGUUUAGCUUUAUAACUCUAGAUGAGUGUAAAUACAUUUUGUGCUUCUUUGUUGACUACUUGAGGAAAUUUACAGUUAAACUAGAUAUUUUAACACACUAUAAAAAUACAUAAGACCUCUUUUUCUUUUGGACAGUAAAUCAGAAUGAACCUUUCAGUAAAGAAUAUCCUCUAGGUGCAUAAAAUGAAAUAUACAGUACUGAGAGAGUUAACUUCAGUUGUUUCUACUUUCUUCAAAGUCAGAAGUUAACAUACAGACCUUAAGCUAAUCUGUCACUAAUUAGGUCAUAGGCUCAGGGUAAUUGUCCAAUUGAACGACUCGUUUUUGCUUCAGCUUUAAUUUCCUGGUUGACAAAGAAUAUUGCGUUUCUGUUUGUCUUCAAACUGUUUUAGCUUCAGAAGACCAGAGGACAAAUAUCCAAAAGUUAAAGUUUGACUUCAUCUGUAAUCUGUAGUCUGGGGAUUUUAUGUUGCUUUGGGAUUACUGACUUCUUCCUCUCUGAGUGGCUUGUCAUUGCAGAUACUGAUUUUCCCUUUCAGCAAGUAACUUCAUGUCGUUUGCUUUUUGGUUUGGCAAAUUUUACAGCAAAACACACAAACCUCGGACACAUUUAUGUAAUUAAUUGAUCAUUGUCAGCUGGGGUUUUCCCUAAUGAUUGAGAAAAUCCGUAAAAUCUAAUUGCACCUGAAUUGAAGAAAGUAGUUAAAAAUAAUUAAUCUCCAAUUAUUCUGGCAUUUAAUGAAUAAAAUUGUACAUAAUCCUAAAUGACAUAAAGCAGGACGAGUUAGGAAAGAUUUAAUGUCAGAUGGUGUAAAAAAAUUUUUUUUAUACAUUAUAUGUAAAUAACUGGUUUUAACUAUAUGAAGAAACUAGUUUACUUGUUACCUUUUUCUUCAAUUUUUCCCCUAAAUCAGUUUAUGAUUAGCUAUAGUUAAUAAGAUAGAUAACCUACUACCUUUCAUUUAACACGCACAGACAUACUGCUGGUAAAACUCGUAUUCUUCCAUUUAAAAGUUUUUGAGUCUGUAUGGUUGAGCUCUGUCAGCUUCUCCACUAUUAAAUAUGUUGGGCAUUAAAAGUUUUGAUUGUUUUGUUUCAACUACAAUUAGUUGCAAAAUGUAGUUUCUAAAAGGAUAAAUUUAGAAAGAAAAAUACAUUUUGGGUAUUCUACAUGCAAAUGCAAUGUUUUUGUUGUUGGUUUUAAUAUAGAAAGGCUAUAAUGAAUUAAAAACCUAUGAAAAAAAUGUAAUAUUGCUGCCUACAUUUCUUUUUGAUGGUUUUAUGUUUAAUUAGAUCAACAUUUUUUUCCACGUUUUAGAUGUUUUGUAAAUCUACUUUUUAUUUUUAUUUUGGAGGGAUGAGUUUAGGUUCAGCAGCUGAGAUUAGGAAACAAAUUAAAAUUUCUUACUCGUGUUAGAAUUUAUUUACACCAAACAAAAAAGACACUUUUUUUUUCUUCCUGUCUGAAGUUAAAUCUGUCGACACGUCUCUUGCUUUCAGUGAGGUAGAAUUAACAAAAUUAUUUCUUUUUGAUAAAAGUCACAAUAAUGUCAGAUAUGUGUUUAUCAAUGACUUCAGAUUCAUAAGUUUGCAUACAGAGUGAUUACUAUGGUAUUAAUCAAUGAUUUAAAGGAUUUAGAUGAUUCUGGGUGAUUCUCACCACACACGUCUUCUGCCGCUGUUCGAGAGCCACAGAACUUCGGGUCAAUAAAACUUUC